AUGGUGAUGUCAUCAUUGGCGGUGACAGCAGCUUUAGGGACGUUGGGAGGAGCUAUUGGUACAACUGCUAGCGAGGAAACAGAAGCGUCAGCUUAUAAGCAAAUAGGAAGUCGCAUUCGUAUAUCAACUACAACAAAACCCAACACGACUGUAGUGCCAGAGAUAUGUAACGAGUGUCUUAACGGCGGUACAUGUACCGGCAAUUCGCAGAGUUUUACCUGCGCAUGUGUCAGUGGGUACGAGGGUAUUCGGUGCGAGACAGAUAUUGACGACUGUGAUCCCAAUCCGUGUCUCAAUAGUGGUGUAUGUGAAGAUGGAAUAAACAUCUAUACUUGCACGUGUCCAGAAGGAUACACAGGGGACAUCUGUCAAACAAAUAUUGACGACUGUGAUCCUAAUCCGUGUCUCAAUGGUGGUGUAUGUGAAGAUGGAAUCAACGACUACACUUGUACGUGUCCAGAAGGAUACACAGGGGACAUCUGUCAAACAGUGCUCCCUCCGUCGUGUGACAUUAAUAAUGGUGGAUGCGAUCAUAAUUGUCAUCCAACAUAUGACGGCACUGGACGUUAUUGCUCGUGUAACACUGGCUAUGACCUGAAAUUGGACGAAAUGGCAUGCGACUUGAUAUGCAAGACACAAAAUUUCCCGAUACUUACAAUAAGAUGUGUGACGUAUGAAUUAGCGCCCUCUGGUUCCAAUUGGGAUGGUGCAGUACAAGGAUGUGAAAACAGCGGUUUAAAGUUAUUCAAAAUCCGGGAUGCCGAGGCCGCGAACUGUAUUCUACAAUACCUACAAAUGAAUCACCCCACCCUCGGCGAUAUAUGGAUAGGCCUUCGUGACUCUGUAGGCAACGCUGCCAACCCGGCCUACUACGACUGGGUCGCGGAUGGAUCUGACUUAACUGGGUAUCAGAAUUGGGCACCCGGUCAACCUAACGAUAACUCCCCAUGGGCCGCUCAACGGUGUGUCCAAUUGUGGAAAGGAAGCGGUUAUAGAUGGGACAAUGAUGAUUGCUACAAAGGAAAACGCUAUUUCUGUGAAACUGGGAUUAAUCACGACGCAGACGAAAAGAAGCAGAUUUUUAGUGGUUAUUGUGAGAAGAUAGUGGAUAUGAAAGGGUGUUAUUCCAAGGUGUUAGUCAUGCGAAACGCACUGGUUGUAGGACUGGAGUGGUGGCCGAAGAACUGUGAUCUUGCCCUGUCAAUAAUCCAGAAAGAUAUUACCCUGACCAUCUCAAAGGAAAUCGAUUCAGUGUACUGCACAGUGUUGUGGGCUACAGAAGAAGAAGUUGAAAAUGCCAGAAGGCAUGGAGUACAACUUAUCUUACCAAAAGUAAAACCAAACAAGUCUCCAACCCGCAAUUGGUUACUACUUCAUGAAAAAUAUUUCCCUCACCUGGAAACGUAUAAGGAUAUUAGUUUUAUAAUCGGGCAUACCUAUGAAGAUGGAAUGAUAGAUGCAGCCAGGAGCAUUCAGAUUGAGGUAUUCCCCGAUGCAAAGUUGGCAAUAUUUAAUCACCGUAUACCGGAUGAAACAAACAGCAAGCUUCCAUCCAGUGAUAAUGAAUUAUUACAAGAAGCAGACCUUAUUGUAUCUAUUGGACUGAAAAUUUUCGAUCAAGUCGAGGAAAUUAUGAACGGCAAAGCAAGUCCUCUACACCAUUGUUAUUAUCCGGGGGUUGACGAGAUGUUCACGCAAUUGAAUCUUUUUAAAACAAAGAAAGACCUGAGCACUUGUAUUGAAAUACUAUCGGUUGAUUUUGUAUCCAACUAUGAAGACUACGGUGCUGUUGCGAGCGCGAUGGGAAGAGUGGCUGAUUCGUUUAAAGUAGGGGAGAUUACACCUUGCUGGAAAUUCUGUGGCAUAACAAAAAAUAACGAUAUCCAAAAGUGUGAACUGGAAAAAAAAGCGAAGUCUGAAUUAUUGAAGAUUAUCACCUUCGGACGUAGAACUCUGGAUGAUGUAUGUGAUGAUUUUAAGCAGUGCCACGUAUUCCUAAAUAGCCAGAGGAGGGACCCCUUUGGUAUCAUCGCUCUAUCAGCUCUUGCUGCUGGUGUGCCUGCACUUCUUAGCCGUCAGUCUGGAGCAGCCAAAUUUCUCAUGGAUAACUUUUACCAUUUUGGUAGAAUGUUUACUGUUCUUCAUGAGAAUUCAGAUGAAGAAUGGUUUAAUAUAAUAAUGGAAAUUCUUCAAAAUUAUCCAAAGGUUGCUGAGACUGCGCGGAAAUGUCGAGAUGACCUGUUGGAUUGUGGGGAAAAAGGUGUAAUUGCAAAAUCUCACACAGACCUUCUAAACCUACUUCAUAAUUUAUCACAAGAGAAACCAGUGCAACGGAAAGGAGUCAAGAGAAGACUUCCCUCGCCAAAAUCUUUUGAUCGAAAAAGGAAAAAGACAGAUACGUCUUUUGAGAUAACAGUAAAGUUAAAAGCCAUUGAGGAAUGUCAAGAAGAUCUGGUAUAUGAAUACAAAAUAAGGGAACAAAAGAUUCGUAAAAGAAAUGAUUCUGACACAGAAGAACAGUUGGUACGCCUUUUCAAGCCGCUCCAGUUGAAAUGUGAAAACAUCAGAGAAGGCUCGUUGGUAUUUACCAUUCAAUCAAAAUCAAAGAAUGGUUUCCAAGAGUUUUGGAAGCAGUAUCGCAAGGGGGAAUUUUCAGAAAAACUAUCGUAUAUCAUUAUACCACCAGAGCUGCGAGCAAUGUUUGAAGAAGUGGGAAUUACCCCUGGUAUUAGUGUAAAUAUCAACCCUGAAGUGUAUGACGAAGUUAUAGGGAAACUUGAAGCAUAUGCUAAAGAAGGUUUGGAUGAGCUGGAUUCUUCACAAGUACAGAAAGCAA